AUGACCGGCUCGGAGGGUCUCUCCGACGGACAGCUCCGUCUCAUGUCCGCGUUCCUCUACGAAGAGUACAUCGUCGUGACGCACACGGCGCAGAACCCGAAGGGCGUCGGCCGUCCCGCUUUCUGCCACUAUUUCGAUUGCCAUCGUCGAGAGAUUCCCGCAACUGUUUUCGAGUCGUUCGUCUUUCCGAUGACUGCGGUCCACUGUCCGCGGAGAGCGGGCGCCCAGUACAUGUCGUUGACUUUCGCGGAGAAUGAGACUGCUCAGGAGCCAGUGCCUCUCAUCAAUCGGGCUUUCAAGCGUAUGACCUGGAAAUCAGAACGCCAAGACAUUUUUCUUGUACAGAUCCGCAGCACGAAGUCGGAGUUUGUGUGGGACAAAUUUACGGCGCCGAGAAGAAGUGGUUGGAGAUCAUUGAGUUCGUAGAGCAUCACAAGAUGAUGGGCGCCACCAUGUUCUACUUCACAAUUCUGGAGAUGGACACGUACUCGAAACGGACAAUAGAGGACUAUCAACGACUCGGCGAGAUUGAAGCCACGUUUGUGAACACCGAGUACGAGAAGAUCAACUGGCUCUUCCAUAUGAUUCAGAUUCAUGUAAGACGGAUAUUAUCCGUUCGCUAUUAUCCUCUUAUAUACUUGCUAUUCAGGAAUGCUUCUUCCGCAGUAAGUUCCAUUCGAAAUGGGUCAUCAACAUUGAUAUUGACGAGCGAUUGACCAUGACCCAGAUGCCGUUGCUCUCUUAUUUGAGGUCACUUUAUUCUAAAAACCACAAACUAUUCCUCUUCUUUUCCAGACAACAACCCCCUGGGACGUGUGAGAUUGACUUCGGCAGCCGUCGAGUCCAGAAAGUGGGAACGGACCCGGAGCACUAUCAGUCGGACGCUCAGAUCCUUUCCGAAAUGGCAUUCCUCCGCUACAACGUGACGACGACGCACCAAUGGGGCGCGUUUAAGGCGAUCUUCCGACCGGAUAAAGUCCACAUGAUCUUCUUCCAUUGGACGUGGCGUCAACAGGACGGAUGCGUGAUCAAGACGGCGGAGAGAAGAGUCGGAUACGUUCGACACUAUCGGACGAUUUCCGAGCAGAGUCUCGCCGGCAACUGGGUCCAGAAGAUCAAGCCUUAUCAGAUCACACGGAUAGAUUCACAGUUUGCCGAGAAGCUCAGAGAGAAGGUUUUGAGGCGCGUCAAGUUCCUGUACGAGCUUCAUCCCGUCUACUGCGAUACGAUCGAUCCGUGGAUUCGGAAAGUUUUCGCAAAUGAUAUGCAUUGUGUGUAG